CUUUCAUCAAAGAGACUGCAGAGAAAGGCCAAGGGAGCAGCCGGUUCUCAGCGGCUCUGGGCGGACGACAGAGCCCUCUGCUUCCCACUCACUGCCCCGAGCCCACCACGGGACACAGUCUUCUCCCUGAAUCAGCCAGCUACAGUUUCUCUUCACUCAAACUGAUCCCUGGCGAUGAAAAAUGAGCCUGUCCCCCACCCGUCCUGCUGCCUUUCGCCUCACGCCCCCAGAGAAGAGUUUCUUCGUGAGGCAGCCGGUGAAGGUUUUUUUCCAAGUCACAUGAUCCAGGAUGCAGGGGGAGAAUCCUUCUUGGAACAGAGAUGGGCCCAGAACCGAAUCAGAUGAGGAGAGAUAAGGUGUGAUGUGGGGAAGCCUAUAUAAGAAUGGACCCAGGGCUGCAGCGAGCACUCAACCCACUGGCCCCGUCCCAAGACACAGCCAUGCAUGUGCCCGCAGGCUCCGUCACCAGCCCCUGGGGAACCACGGGCCGCGGGUACGUCUGCUUCACCACGGCCUCCCUGGCUCUGUGUCUCGUCUUUGCUGUGGCGACCAUUAUGGUGCUGGUAGUUCAGAAGACGGACUCCAUUCCCAACCCGCUGGGCCAAUUCCCCCUUAAAGGAGGGAAUUGCUCAGAGGACAUCUCAUGUAUCCUGAAAAGGGCUCCAUUCAAGAAAUCAUGGGCCUACCUCCAAGUGUCAAAGCAUAUAAACAAAACCCAGUUGUCUUGGAACAAAGAUGGCAUCAUCCAUGGAGUCAGAUAUCAGGAUGAGAACCUGGUGAUCCAGUUCCCAGGUUGGUACUUCAUCAUCUGCCAACUGCAGUUUCUCGUGAAAUGCCCAGAGCAUGCUGUCGACCUGAAGCUGGAGCUCCUCAUCAACAAAGACGUUAAAAAGCAGACCCUGGUAACAGUGUGUGAGUCUGGAGCACAAACCAAGAACAUAUACCAGAACCUCUCCCAGUUCUUGCUGGAACACCUUCAGGUCAACACCACCAUAUCAGUCAAGGUGGAUAAAUUCCAGUAUGUGGAUACAAACACCUUUCCCCUUGAGAAUGUGUUGUCCCUCUUCUUAUACAGUAGUUCAGACUGAACCACCCCUCCUGGCCUUUGGGAAGAAAGCAACUCCCUACCACACAGCACUUAUCCUUCCAGACACUUGGGGAAAAAAAGAAAACUUUAGGCCAAGACUGAAAAACACAAAGGGAAUUAAAUAGUACACUUCCAUCCCCUGGGAAGAUCCAACUCAGGGUUAAAAAGAGACUUUUGAGUGAAGGAUCUUCCAGAUAGAAAGUGGGGAUGCAAUGUGGCAUGGUGGACAGAGCCACACAUGGGAACCAGAAGGGAUGGAUUUAGGCCCAGCCCAAUCACUAACUCACUGUGUGACCUGGAGCUAGUCCUUUCCCUUCCCUGGAACUUGGAUUUCAUGUCAGAAAAGCCGAGGGGCUGAGUUUUAACCUUUCCAAGUCUCCUCCGUCUCAGAAGAGCAGAAAAAAAAAAAAAAGGUCUCUCUCAUCACAGACCUGAGAACUAAGAUUCCAGGUGCUUUUCCCGAAGCCCCCAGCCAAAGGAAAGGCCCCCACAUUGGCAUAAAACUGAUGAUACUUAGGAGCCUUCUGGCUGUCAUGUCACCUCGGGAUUUGGGGAUGAGUUUCAGGGCACCUUGCUUGACAAAUGGAGUGAACAGUAGGAUCUAAAGUGUGCAAAACUGACCAUCCUGAAUCUAAUACCUUGUGGGUAUUUGGAAAACCACCCGGCCAGGCUUGACUCUGCCGGAACUGAGACUUGACAAUAAAACAACAACAGGCAGCUUUUGUUUCCCGUCAGGAAAGUGCCGUGAGCUCGGCAAGUACUCAGCGCGCAGCCGUCACGGUGAUCAGCGGCUGCUGUCUCCCGCAUGAACUCUUUCCCCACUUCAAACAGCUCUCAGGAAACCGUUCUGUGGAGGGUUUUUAAGGCCUCACUGUGUCGCUGACAGACGAUGAUGACUUGUGACUAACGGCCGCCUCCUCUCCUGAUCUGGGUGAUGAGGCCAUUUCAACCGGCGUUUACGUGCGUCCGUCCGCGAGGGAGCGCCUUGUUUGUCCGAGAGAAGGACCACUGACUUGAAAUGUAAGCUCGUGAAGUUAUGCUUCAGAGGAAAAAGCAAUGCCUUAACUGCUAUGUAAAGGAAGGGAGUAAAAUUUGCAUUUUUCUCAAUUAGGAGGAAAGAAGAGAAAGGUGUAGGAACUCGGGAAAGCUUGUCAGAGAAGGGCUAGAAACGAUUUAAAAGAAGGGAAGUAAAAACAGCAGUGGCGGUGUGGAUGAGAGGGACUGCGGAGAAUAAAAACGGCUAAGGGCAAGAUUCGAGUAAUUUGCUGAGCCAGGUGUUACAUUGACCGCUUCCUAGGUCUCCAUUAAGAAAUGUUCGGUGAGGUCUACAUUUCUCUUCAACACUUUCUGAAGCAGAUUCUUUGGGAGGAGUGGGUAUUGGAAGAGAUGUUGAAUUCAGCAAAUCAAGUGGUCUGUGAUUAAAAAAAAAAAAAAAAAAAAACAUAGGUUUUGAGGACCCGAAGCCACAGAAUAAGGGGGCACAUGGCAUUUACACCCUAACUCUGUAGGACAAAAGAAUCCCGCUUAAACCAACUCAUGCAUUCUUGAAAAAGUAUCUGCAACCUAAGCAUGUGGAAAAUUUUCUACUGUCUCAUAUAUUAACUUGAGAAAGUUUCCAUUUUCAUUUUUAACCAACACUCCAGAGCAGAAGUACCUGAUAUUUACCUCCUGAGGAGUUCCUAAUCUCAGUCUCUGUCGAGCAAUGGCCUGAAAGCCAGCAUCUGAAGACACAGAAUUUAAAGGAAUCCAGUAGCAAGACAAACAAUUAGAAUAAUAAUCAUUAAUAAUCAUUAAUAACCCAAUGUAGGGAUAAUACAGAAUCCCUGGUGGCUCAGAUGGUACAGAAUCUGCCUGUAAUGCAGGAGACCUGGAUUCAAUCCUUGGGUUGGGAAGACCCCCGGAGAAGGGAAUGGCAACCCAUAGGGAGUGGAUGGCCUAGAAAGUUUAAAAUGGAAUUCUGUCACUCCCUGAGUGUUACCAACCCCCUGGUAAUGCUGUGAGCAAAUGACACCAUCUAUGCAAGUAAAAUAAGUCAUUUUUCAAACUCGGAGUCCAGGCUGCCUGAACAUAUGCCUCUUUGGUAAAAACUCAUCUGGUGCUCACUCAUUCUACCCUUUCCCAUCCCAAACACAUAAAUACACACACACACACACACACACACACAAACUAUACUUGUAGAACUUGCAGAGGAGGGUGAUGGACAAGUUGAUGAAUAAUAACGAGUAUAAAUGUAUAUCUGCCCUUGGGAAAAUCCACAGGACUGUCUUUCUCCACAGUUGGUGACUUCUUCCUCACCCCAUUUCUCCAUCACACAUGGAUGCCUCUGUAACUUCCUCAUCCAAUUCCUUCUCAGAAUCCCCGCAUCACACAAUUCUUGGCUGGGAGAAGGGCCCUGUACGUCCGGGGGCAGUGGCGGGGCUGAUAGGAUCAGGCACUAAAGAAAGGGGUGCUGGAGAAACUGGGCAGGACUCACCGAACGGGGGAGGCUUCCAGAAUCCCUGGAACACUGCUGACUGUCCUGGUACUGGGGCCAAAGCUGUUGAGAGCAUAGAGGAGCACUGCCCUGCGGCAGGCCUCAAUCCUCAGGGAUUCCUCUGUUUCUCCCUGACUCUCUCAAAACAAUCCAGGAUCAUCAUUCUAAUGUGAGACAUGUGGUCUGUAGAUUUUUGUACAUGGUCAAAUCAUGAAAAAGUUUAGGGUCCCAUGAUGUAAAUGUUUCAUCUCUCAGAAAAUGAAGAAAUAUAUGAUACAAACAAUAUUUUGCAGUAAAAAAAUUAAAAGAUUUUUGUUUUAUUUGAGGUUACAUAGAUAGGUGAAUGUAUAUAUGUGUGUGUAAGAAGGUAUGUGUAUAUGCAUGUACAUAUAUGUAUACUCUAUAUAUGCAUAUGUGUAUGUGUGUGUGUAUACACUUUCCCCUAAUAAUUGUUUUACAGGUCAUCUGCUUAACCUGGGGUCAGGGGAAGAAGCCUGAUUAUUGCUCUGGGUACUGCAAAAUUUAUAUAUUCUUGUAUUUAUUUUUAAUUAUGAAAAGAACAGAAAGUAGUAUUUCUCCCAUGACUCACCAGUAUUUAAUAACUAUUAAUAUUUUACUAUAUUUGCUUCUGCUUCUUUUAAACAAUAAAAAAUACAGGUAGAGCUGAAGCCUCCCUGCUCUGUUGACUUCCCUGUGCCCUCCCCAGAGCUAAUACAGCCUGGGAGUUUGCAUGUUCCCUUCACUUGGUGGCUCAGAUGGUAAAGAAUCCACCUGCUAUUCUGCAGGAGACCCGGGUUCGAUUCUUGGGUCAGGAAGAUUCCCUGGAGAAGGGAAUGGCUACCCACUCCAGUAUUCUCGCCUGGAGAAUUCCAUGGACAGAGGCGCUUGGGUGGGGCUAUAGUCCACAGGGUCAUAAAGAGUUGGACAUGACUGAACUGAGUGACUAACACUUUCACUUAUAUAGUUUUAUAUUUGUUUUCCCAUAGGAAUAUAUAGUACAAGUCUGUGUGUUUUUAAAUUUUUCAAUAAAUGAUAUCCUACUUUA